UAUACGCCCACCGCGGGUACGUUCCGUGAGUUCAGUCGGCCCGGUCCCGCCUUCCGCCUCCCAAAGUAGGAACGGUGACUAUAAUGUCAUGACUGCGACCAAUUUGAAAUGGACAAAGCGCAACUUCCUCCGUUACUUGUUGCACCUUCAGUACCUACUGAAGCCCGUGUUGCGUUACAUUUUCCGUAGUAUGCCUAUUUUUCUCAUCGAAAACCACGUACAGAAGGUACGCACGUCCCGUGUUGAGGCUCGCAGACGCGUUUUCGGGCAAGAAAAUGGCGGGAAUAUGUUCAGACUCGUCCGAAAAUACACGAAUAUACUCUUGGGCAGCUUGGGGCCGAGAACAGUCACUUGGAGCAGAUGGAACCCAGGCGGUAGCCUUGGUCAUAUGUACACUUCGGGAAAUGUUUUAUUCGAACCACGUCGUGGUCCUUCGUUGUAUGGCUUGAGGGUCUACCGGCCGUUCCGGGAAAGUGUUGACGGAUUGAGUUUACUACUAUGCAAUCGUCAUAUCUUGACUUCCCUCUCGAUAUAUGCGUUUGUUGUCGAGCUCCUCCCAAUAUCCUUACAUUUCUUUCAAGAGAAUACGGAGAUCUCUUUCCGGAAGGCUCUGAACCAAAUAUUGCAACCGUAUAGUCACAUACGCACGCACAUGCGGCCCCAGCAUUGUAGGCAACCAUCUUCCUGGUCAUCGAUCCCGGCGCCAUUUUUGGGUCGAAACUUCUGCCUUCGGACGAAAAUUUUAUUACCACUGCGAAGUUCGACGGAGGAAGAAAGGCCGUUGACAUUCCGCCAUUGAGAUUGCUUGUCGCCCAAGAGAAGCGUACGCCAAAGGAAGCCUCUGUAUGGAUAGUGGAAGCCUUCGAGCUUGAAGGGCAUGCUCCAGUCCUGCCGAG